UUCUCCUCAAGAUGUGAGAUAGGUUGGGAAGGUAAGAAAGAUUUAAACUGUCAGCUGAUCACAGUUUGGGAUCCUCUGUUAUUUUGUAAUCAUUGGAUGACAACUGCUAGCCAUGCUUCUCCGGCACUGUGAGAAACUCCUUAAAGGAGUUGCUUUUAACCCAUUAUGCAGCAUUCAAAGUGUCGGACUGAAGUAUUUUGCGCCUCCAAUCAACUACGACCAUGUCGAACCCGCGGAACGUCCGAAGCUGCGAAUGUUUGAGAAGGUACCACAAUAUCCACCGAAUCUUCGACCGCCAAAGAUGCAGAAGAAGUUACGGUUCAUGCGAGGACCAGAACUCGUCCACAACACCCUCUUACACAAGCAGUACGGAAUUAUCGCUACCGGCGGUGGUCGUCUUCGUUGGGGCCACCUCGAAAUGUUACGUUUAACAAUUGGUCGCAAAAUGGAUACAAAUCGAAUGUUCGCAAUUUGGCGAGUACAAGCCCCUUGGCAGCCGGUUACAAAGAAAGGUCAAGGGCAGAGAAUGGGUGGCGGAAAGGGAUCCAUCGAUCAUUACGUGACACCCGUGAAAGCGGGUCGCGUGAUACUUGAAGUAGGCGGGAAAUGCGAAUAUGCUGAAGUGAAAGGGUUCCUUGAGAAUGUAGCUGCAAAAUUGCCUUUCAAAGCGAUGGCAGUUUCACAGGAAAUGCUCGAUCAGAUGAAAGCCGAAGAAGAACGUAGAGAGGAAGAAAACAUUAAUCCUUUCACUAUGAAAUAUGUAAUCCAAAAUAAUUUAAGUGGAUGUCAUAAGUGGGUAUCGCCUGUCGACUAUAAAUGGUUUGGAAAGUAUCAUUAGCCUAAUUUAGUAAAUAAAUUGUGUAAAUUAUGAA